UGUCUGGAGCAGAAAACACUUGAGGAGUGCAGUGUGCAGCCAAUCGUCAUUACAUUAAAGGCUGGAAGUAGGAGGCUGGACUUAGGAGUCAAAACAUGGCGAAAUAACAAGUUUCGCAGGUAGGAGCUACGCCGUACCUGGCACCAUUGGACUGCAGUUUCGACAGAGCUGGACGCUGGAGGAGACGACAGCAAACCUUUAAGUUUAGCCAACGGAUGGCUUCAGUCUUUUAAGGGUUACGGACAGAGAGCCUGGCUGUGUUUCCCCCCCGGAUGGUUGGCAGUGCUAGGCGCGACUGUCAACAGAAAAAAUAUGGACUGAGAGGGAAAGUUUAUUCUGGGAAAAAGCUUGCUAGCUCGGCUACGUUAGCUGCGGGUUGAUUAAAGGCACACACCUGAACCAGUACUCUGAUUACUUUGCGGUCGGCUUGAAAAAGUGGGAAUUUAUGAUUAUUAUUUAUUCUUUAGCCGUCGUAUAAAGUUUGACAGGAAGAAGCAGCGGGCGCUGUUGUUUUUAUUUAGUCUUUUAAGUCAAAUUGUUCGGCUUGGAUUUAACUGCAGUAUUCCAGUGCCAGUUUGACGUUCGGUUCUGGUGCGGACGGACCCGGACGCCAUCACAUCACAGACGUUGCGUUCUUCUUAAAAACAACCACUGCGUUGAACAAGCCCGCACAUUUUUUUUAUAUCAAUUUUCAGCACAAUUAAAUAGUGUUCCUUCGUCAAAAUCGGGUAGGAGUUUUUUUUUCUUCCUCAUUAUUUUCUCUGCUUGCAUAAUUUUAUCAGAUGUAAUAUUACUAGGGAUGUUUUACAGCAGCAGAGACGCAGCGUCUUCUUGUCAAAAUGAACGCAGCAAGGUGUCCAACAACACUGGAGGUGCGCUGCGUUUAAAACCAACCAGUUAUUAGCUCGCCACUAACGGCCGGCUGAAUUGGAACGGGGCCAUCUUGUUAAAAACAUUCGCUGUGUUUCAGUCAGAAUUUCUAGCUGCGGAAAACAUUACAGCUCUCGGCCGGAGUUGACGUGAAGCUAGCCUGCUGGGUGCGUCUGAUGCAGCCCCUGCGAUGGACUCGCUGUGUUAAAGUGUUCCGCAUUGAUACAUAAAAUCAGUUUUCCUGCAUGAUAUCGACAGAUUAGGCUCGUGGGAAGCCGUUUGUUUUUUUCCUGUCAAAGUUGUUCUUGUGUAAUAAGUGGCUAACUUGUUAGCUAACGUCAUAAGUUUGGCCAGCUAUGUCUGAAAACGCCCCCACACGAAGCCUGGAUGACAUAGACCUCGCAGCUCUCAGGGAUCCAGCAGGAAUCUUUGAGCUGGUUGAGGUUGUCGGCAAUGGGACGUAUGGGCAAGUGUACAAGGGCCGUCAUGUGAAGACAGGCCAACUGGCCGCCAUCAAAGUGAUGGAUGUUACAGAGGAGGAAGAGGAAGAGAUCAAAGCAGAGAUCAACAUGCUGAAGAAAUACAGCCACCACCGCAACAUAGCCACGUACUAUGGUGCCUUUGUGAAGAAGAGCCCGCCAGGACACGAUGAUCAACUUUGGCUGGUGAUGGAGUUCUGUGGAGCCGGAUCAGUGACUGACUUGGUGAAGAACACGAAAGGCAGCUCUCUGAAGGAGGACUGGAUCGCUUACAUCUGCAGAGAGAUCUUAAGGGGCCUUUCUCACCUCCAUGCCCAUAAAGUUAUCCACAGAGACAUCAAAGGCCAGAACGUGCUACUAACGGAGAAUGCAGAGGUCAAGCUAGUUGAUUUUGGGGUGAGUGCUCAGCUGGACAGGACUGUGGGGCGGAGGAACACCUUCAUCGGUACUCCUUACUGGAUGGCGCCGGAGGUCAUUGCCUGUGACGAGAAUCCGGACUCCACUUACGACUUUAGGAGUGAUAUUUGGUCUUUGGGGAUAACAGCCAUCGAGAUGGCAGAGGGAGCUCCUCCUUUGUGUGACAUGCAUCCAAUGAGGGCCCUCUUUCUGAUUCCAAGAAACCCCCCUCCAAAGCUCAAGUCCAAGAAAUGGUCAAAGAAGUUUAUCGACUUUAUAGAAGGCUGCCUCGUCAAGACGUAUCACAGCCGGCCCAGCACAGAGCAACUGCUCAAGCAUUCGUUCAUCAGAGACCAGCCCACAGAACGUCAGGUCCGAAUUCAGCUCAAAGACCACAUUGACCGCACACGCAAAAAGAGGGGAGAGAAAGAAGAGACAGAGUACGAGUACAGCGGCAGUGACGAGGAGGAUGAAAAUCGUGGAGACGAUAGAGAAUCAAGUUCCAUCCUCAACGUGCCUGGUGAGUCGACCCUGAGGCGGGACUUUCAGCGGCUGCAGCAGGAGAACAAGGAGCGCACGGAGGCCCUCAAGAGGCAGCAAGCCCAACUGGCCGCCCAGCGCCGAGACCCUGAGGAACACAAGAGGCAGUUGCUGCAUGACCGACAGAAACGCAUUGAAGAGCAGAAGGAACAACGGCGCCGACUCGAAGAGCAACAGAGAAAAGAGCGAGAGAUGGUGAGGCAGCAAGAAAAAGGCCCCCAUCGGAGACUCGACGAUAUGAGACGGGAGGAAGACAGGAGGAUGGCAGAGAGGGAGCAGGAGUUUAUCAGGCACAAGUUAGAAGAAGAGCAGCGGCAGCUAGAAAUCCUUCAGCAGCAGUUGCUUCAGGAGCAGGCGCUCCUUAUGGAGUAUAAGCGAAAGCAGCUGGAGGAGCAGCGGCAGUCGGAGCGGCUGCAGAGGCAGCUGCAGCAGGAGCAUGCCUACCUGGUGUCUCUGCAGCAGCAGCAGGAAAAGAAACCCCAGCUUUAUCACUAUAACAAAAACCUGGAGCCCAACAACAAACCCACCUGGGCCCGAGAGGUGGAGGAACGAAGUAAACUAAACAGACAAGGGUCGCCGAAAAUCUGCACCACCGUGUCUGACACUGCCAUCCAGUCGCGCUCGGACUCCAUCAGUCAGUCGGGAAUGGUCCAGUCUGCACAAACGCCUCCAAUGCAGAGGCCAGUUGAACCCCAAGGUGGCCAAGGAAAGUUCCAGAUGGCUCACUUGGUUCCACUGAAGCCUUACGCUGCCCCUGUCCCUCGCUCUCAGUCCCUCUGUGACCAGCCAACUAAGAACAUGUCCGCCUUCCCCACCCAGGACCUCCCUCGCCCCACACCCCGCCCCAUCCACUCCAGAGAGCUUGUACGUCAGAACUCGGAUCCCACUUCUGAAACCCCGGGGCCGCAGUUGCAUCAGAUCAGGGAGGAUCGCGGCCCGUGGAUCCGGCUGCCAGAUGUCGAGCUCCCACCCAAGAUUCCUCAGAGAACUGCAUCCAUUGCCACGGCUCUUAACACCAACCUUACCUCUGGCAUUAGGCAUCCUGUAAGAGCCAGCAAUCCAGAUCUCAGCCGCAAUGAUCGCUGGGAGAGAGGAGAUGGUCUGAGCAUCAUACCUGGUCUGCCCCAAACUGGCUCUCUAGAGAGGCAUCGCAUCCUCAGUACCUCCAAAAUGGAUUCACCGGUUCUCUCCCAUGAAAGUCGCCAUAAGCCGGGGGAGUCCCGUACAUCCUCUCGUCCUGGGCGACCUGCUAGCUACAAGAGGGCUAUAGGGGAGGACCACGGGCUGUACGCUAAGGAGCGUACUGAGGAGCCACCGCGCCCCCCUGUCAAGGCCAAUGAUUACUCCUCAUCUUCAGAGAGCAGUGAGAGUAGUGAAGAAAGUGAGAGCGGCGAGGGACCCGAGGAGGAGGAGAGCCCGACUGAUCGCCACAGAGAUGCAGACAGUGAUUCAGUCAACACCAUGGUGGUUCAUGAAGAUGAGGGUGAGGUGGGAGAAGGAGAGCAAGCUGAAGGAUACGGGGAUCAGACCAUGCUGGUUCAGAGAACCCCAGAGAAGAGGAGCCAUAACGGAUACACUAACUUGCCAGAUGUGGUGCAGCCCUCCCACUCUCCCACAGACUCAGCCUCUCACUCCUCCCCAGGGAAGGACUCUGUUUAUGAUUAUCAAUCCAGGGGUUUGGUGAAGGCAUCUGGCAAGUCUUCCUUCACCACCUUCGUGGAUCUUGGCAUGUAUCAGUCACCAGGUGGUACAGGGGACAACAUGUCAAUCAGCGGCUCCAGAUUUGAGCAGCUGAAGAUGGAAGUGAGGAAGGGAUCCAUGGUGAAUGUCAACCCUACCAACACGCGCCCUCCUAACGACACGCCUGAGAUCCGCAAGUACAAGAAGAGGUUCAACUCUGAGAUCCUCUGUGCUGCACUUUGGGGUGUGAACCUGCUGGUGGGCACAGAGAACGGCUUAAAGCUGCUGGACCGCAGUGGCCAAGGAAAGGUUUACCCACUCAUUAACUCCCGUAGGUUCCAACAAAUGGAUGUUCUGGAGGGCCUCAACCUGCUCAUCACAAUAUCAGGCAAGAAGAACAAGGUGCGUGUGUAUUACCUGGCAUGGCUGAGGAAUAAGAUCCUUCACAAUGACCCGGAGGUGGAAAAGAAGCAAGGCUGGACCACUGUGGGAGAAAUGGAGGGCUGUGUUCACUACAAAGUGGUGAAAUACGAGAGGAUAAAGUUCCUGGUGAUUGCUUUGAAGAAUGCGGUGGAGGUUUAUGCGUGGGCGCCCAAACCUUAUCACAAAUUCAUGGCCUUCAAGUCUUUUGCAGACUUGCCACACAGGCCUGUACUGGUUGACCUGACUGUAGAAGAGGGCCAGAGGUUGAAGGUCAUCUACGGUUCCUGUGCUGGGUUCCACGCUAUCGAUGUGGACUCUGGAAAUAACUAUGACAUUUACAUCCCUGUUCAUAUCCAAAGCCAAGUGACUCCACACGCAAUCGUGUUCCUGCCCAACUCUGACGGCAUGGAGAUGCUGCUUUGCUACGAGGACGAAGGCGUUUACGUCAACACCUACGGGCGGAUCAUUAAAGACGUCGUCCUGCAGUGGGGCGAGAUGCCCACAUCCGUUGCUCAUAUCUGCUCCAACCAGAUUAUGGGAUGGGGUGAAAAGGCCAUCGAGAUCCGCUCUGUGGAGACCGGUCACUUGGAUGUCUUCAUGCACAAGAGAGCUCAGAGACUGAAGUUCCUUUGUGAAAGAAAUGAUAAGGUGUUUUUUGCUUCCGUGCGUUCAGGAGGCAGCAGCCAGGUGUACUUCAUGACCCUGAACAGAAACUGUAUCAUGAACUGGUGAAGCGGCAGCUGCUUUGGUCAGUGCGUAGAACCCAGCAGAGCCGACGUUCUUGCUAACGCAUGCACACAAUUUACAAACACUACUCUCUUUUACCCUGAAGCUCCUACAUACUUGCGUGCUCCCACCGCAAACACAAAGACAUCCAGAACUCACACAGGAAAAAAACAACAAAAAACACCACAGACACAAACUCUACAUCCAUUCCAGCCUAAACUGCUUAAGGUACAGUUUAUACAGAGACCCCCUGCUGGCAGUCUGCUUGGAAUCAUCAUGAAAAAUCGCAAAUGAGAUUCAAAUGUCAAUAUCCGCAAUUAAUUUAGACUGUAUAUAUAUAAAACCUAGCUUGAUUCUCUUUUCUUUGUGAAGCUGUCUUCUUUAGUUUGAUCUCUUUAGUUUCUAUUUGUGCCGUACGUUAAGAUUCCUAUAUUUGAGGAAGGCUAUAUUUUUCAAGUACUGUGUUCAAAAUCAAUAAUAUAUUGCCUGAGACUUGGACGAGAAUCUGUUUCAAACUUGAAAUGCUGAAGAGUCCAUGUGCUGUGCUGCACAGACUUUACUUGUUCACCAUUUUGAAAUGAAGUUGUUCCAUAUCAAGAAACAUUUGAUGUAUUACAAAAAGAUGAGCAAAACCUAGAUGAAGCGGCUUGUUUAAAUACUUCAGUUAUUGUAAACCCUGUUUGUUUUGGUUUUUCGCUGUCACAGAAAUCAGGCCUUGAAUCGUUUAAAUGUAAAUUAAAUUUCAGUUCAAUAUUAAUAAAUGACGAAUCCAGUUCAGUCUUUUUUUAUAAGGUAAAUAGAAUCGGAACAGAACAACUUCCUGCUUCAGUUUCUUCUUUUGUUUGUGUAAAAACCAACUUUAUUCAACUUGUAUCCAUCUUUCAUAAGUUUACAAAGUACGCAAAUUUAGUAUUUAUAUGUAGUGGUUCUGUAAUAGUUCUAGGCUACUGAUUUUCUUAAUUUUUACUGUACUUCUAAUGCCAUAUUAUUGCAAUAUAUUCUACUGUUGUGGAGUCUUUUUAAGAGGGGAGUUUGUAUGUGAGGCAGCAUGAUGAGAGCUUCAGGAGGAGGAGGAUGGGUGUGGAGGGACAAUCGCUGAUCAACUCUGCUGUAUCAUAUUUUAGUCCUUAAAUUGUUUUGUUUUGUUUUUUUUUGCGUGACCAUGUGUGUGAGGAGUGUUUGUGCAGGAGAACAGCUCUUUGUGGUCUUCGGCCAGCGGAACAAUUUAUCUUCGGGGAGACGCUGCAGUUUGGCAGAGUACUCCAGCUUUUUGGGCACUUUGGAGAGCAUGAGUGGAACUCGUGAAACAUAAUAUAUUUUAUAGAUUUACAUUCUGCCAAAGUUCACAGUGCAUGUUGGGAUAACUGGGUGAGUCGAGGCCAAAGAAAGCAGAAACUAAAUGGAAGCUGUGAAUGGAGGCAAAAACAACUCACAGAUCACUGACCAAGACUUUCCUCCUGUAAUGUAUAAAUAGUUGUUUAUAUACAGUGUUGAUCGAAAGUUUAGAUACACAAAUAACCUCAGUUGACCUUUGUUUUCCAAUGUAUAAUCAGCUUGAUAAGCCCAGUGGUCGGAUGCUAGAGCAGUCAUUCAUCCAGCGGCCUGUCGUGUUUUUGAGUUGAAAAAUGUUUGAAGUUGACUAAAAAUGUGAAAAUAUCACCUGAUAAUUUGUGUUAUUGGAAAGAUUUUAAGAUUAAUAUCUGAACACCAACUAUAAAGUCUUAAAACUUUGCAAACAUUUUGAAAAGACUUGAGUAAAUAAGCAAUGCUCAGCCUGGUGGGGGCACAAAUAAGGCCUGGUGGCCCGCCAGGCUUAUAAUACACUAGAGGGAAACCCUGAUAAUGAUAGCAUGAAAUACAACAACACAGCCACAUGCAGAUUUUUUUUGUAUACACCAACCAUCUUGUGACUGAAUAUUUGACUACUUUUCUUUGCAGAAUUGGUUGUUAAUUUAAACUGAUUGGAUUCCCAACAAAGAAAUGAACUUUAAUCAUUUAAGCGUAAAUGUUAAUGUGAGUUGAGACCAGGACAUCCCAGAAGAUCCAAUCGACGAUUGUUUUAUCGUCCAAUGUCCAGACUUUAUCUCCAUCUGUCUGUCGAUCCAAGUGAUUGAGCUUUUAUGGUUCCUGGAGUCUCAAACUUCUAUUUGAGAGAUCCCAAAUGCACAUUAAAAUCAAUCAGUUCAGAUUAAUUCUACUAUUUUUAAUGAGAAGAGUGUGUAAAAAUAUUCAACCAGAUUUCUGUCUGAUCAGAAACGAAACUAAUUGAGGGAAUGAUGAAGGAACCUUUGAUUAGUGAUAAGUGGAAAACUGCUAAAGCCUUCAGGAUAAGAUGGACUGUCAUAAAGCUAUAAAGAUCGCAGGACCUGUUUGAGUCAAAGUUACGAUCAUUAUUCUAUAGAUGGUUUAUUGUACAGGAAGAAAAUUUAAAUGGACAUGGAGAACACUUGUCCUUCAGUUUGCAAACCCUUACAGAUGUAUAUCUAACACAUACUUCAGUGUGCAAUGAAACAGUUUGUAUAGUACUGUAUGAAACGUGUUUUUCUUUCCCCUUGUUGAAUAUCUUUUAUGUGCCAUGACCUACACUGCAGAUUUACAAUACACUCAGAGCUCUGGCACUUGUUUUUCUUGUUUUAUUUUCAAUCAGUCUGCCAUCGUGUUUACAGAUUAAGUAGUGCCUUGGAGUAGGGAAAGUUAGAAGCCUAAGGAAUCUUUUUUUUUUUUUUUUUUUUUUAGCCCCGUCCUUCGUCUCUUACUUGAAAAGCCAAAAAGACGUUUAGGAAAACACUUGGUGCCGGUUAAGUGCACUUAAAUGAAAUGAAAUAAAAUCUAGAAUAUCCCCCAGGUGAAUGUGAGAUGCAUUUUUUUUUUGCACCAAAAUCAACUCCGAAUGAUUCAUAGCGCGUCCAAUCAGAAAGUAGUAAUAACAAAUGGGUUAUUACGCGUUCAUUGAGCUUAAUGUAAUGUGUAGUGGAUCAGCUUACAGAGGGAACCAGCACAGAGAAAAGCCAUGUGUAUGAAACCAGUUUGGAGAAAACACUCAAGUGAAUGUGUGUGUGUGUGUGUGUGUGUGUGUGUGUGUGUGUGUGUGUGUGUGUGUGUGUGUGUGUGUCCUCAAACGAUGAUGAUGAUGAUUUAGGUUCAUGCUGCACAGAUCAAAUAAUUGCUUAUCCUUCAGUGAUGUUGAUUGUGUAACCUUGUAGUCGGGAGAGUAGCUUGUUAUAUUCUCAGAAGCCUAUUUUAUAAAGUUUGUAAAUUAGUAUUAUUCAGAAAUAAAGGUGAAUGUACAUCUAUAAAACAGGUUUGUAUUUGUAUAAGAGCGUAACACACUAUUCUAAGCACAAUGUAUUUUAGGAUGGAUCAACUUAGAAUAACAGAGAUGGAGUCCUAUACCCCACGUUCUCUGUCGUCGAGUUUGUCAACAUGAGAUCAGAUAAAAUAGUUGUUUUAAAAACGGUUGUCGGCUGUCGCCUCGUCCAUCAGCUUUCACAGCGACGUCCAUGUUGGUUGGUGAACUGCGCAGGGCUGACGGGCCGUUAAUAUUCUCAGGUGAUCGUCAUAAAGGAAGUGCAGUGGUGAAUUUAGCCUCUUAUCAAGGGAACAGCGACCAGAGAGUCAAAAGUACAUUUAAACAAUUUGUCAGAAUACCAGAGCUUUAUGUUUGUUUUUAUCAAAACCAGUUUGUGAAACUAGAGAAAUAACGGAUGUCGACGAUGGUUAAAACUGAGGACUGUCGUGUGAAAACAUGUUAGGCACAAUUAAAAAUAGGAUCAAAAGCUAAGUCACUGUAGUUCUUAACGUGAAGAAGUACAUUUUCAUUGAAAGGACAACAAUUAUUCCAAAAUUAGAGACUGUGCAUUAAGUUAGGAUGUAUUUGUGGGAGAUUUGAGGCAAAACUCGUCACAUUUCAAAAUCAAACUUGUGAAUUUAAUUGACUAAUUUUUGAAAGCACAAGAUUUGUUACUGAGGCUUAUAAAAGUAAGCUUUACUGUUAAAGAAGAUAUUAAAAGCACUAAGAUUUAAAUUAAAUUUAAAGAUAACAUGAUGCUACAUUGUAGCCAGAAUUAUACCAAUCAGUUUUCUCCUGGCUGGUACAGAUUAGCAUUUUUUUUGUGUGCCUGUUUUGAUAAAUACUCCAUAUAAAUUUUUUAUUGAAAGGAAUAAAAAAUGCAGUGAAAGUUUUUUUUGAUAGAAGUCAUGGUUCUGAAUCACUAAAUGAAGGAAUUCAAAGCAUUUGUCAUAAGUUGUUUUUUUUUUUUACAAAAUAAAUAGAUCAAACUACAUGCUGGUAAUUUUAGCUUUCAUGCAUUUAAGAAAUACUUAAGUAUCUUUUAGUAUUUGUUCUUCUGAUCACCAAGCAGAGACUAUCAAGGAAAACUAACCAGUUCCAACCUUUGGCAUGUUGAUUCAUGUGUCUCUAAUUACAAUAAAGCGUCUUUUUAAAAACACUUAAGCUACUUUUAAAAUAAAAAGCACCUUAACAUGUGUAAGUUCUGUUCAGGUUUGCACUAAGCACCAAUUGAAACCUAAACAGAUAGACUUUGAAGGUCGGCGUUACUUUAGGUUUCAUCAGUUUCAUCAGCUGAGGGCAUCGUCUGAAACUGAUAGAAGAGCCAUGGCGAGACGGUGACGCUUCUGUUAAAUAAGCAAUAUCUGAACCAAUCAAAACCCUGGCUGUCCAUCUCAGUGUGGCUCACAGGUGGAGAUUCUUCAGUGGCCUUUGGCAGAAUAAAUGUAGGCUGGUUUGUGUGUUACAAAACCAUUCUCGAAACGACAGCUCCUCUCUGUCAACACAAUCGCCUUCUGGGAAACUAAAGACGAUGAAAUGUCAGAAACCACCUUAAUGGCAAUGAUAAAUAGAAAACCUAGUAAUAAUCUAAUGUGGCACUUCUGUUAUUUUUGGUGUGGCGUGUGUGAAUGGUAUUGGCAAAUCAUAAUCGCCAGGAUGUUUAGACGGAGCUAUAAUAUCCAUUUUUCUUUUCCAAUAACUUGAUUUUUAACAUUUUUGCAACGUUUUAAUGUGCCCAUGUCUGUGUUACUUGUGAGAGGUUAACUUCAGAUUGUAUUUCAUAAACCUAUAACUUUAAACUUUCAAAAGAUUGUGCUGAAUGAAUUUGUCUUAAUACAGGUUGUUUGAAAAAUAAAAUCUUGAUCUCA